GCUUUGUUCUUCACUGUCAUACUGCCCGUGUAUCUUGAGUGGUUGUGUUUUCGCUAUCGAGCAAAAUGUCUCAGGUGUAUGAAAACAUCUUUCGUGACGCUCUGAAAGAUUUCAGAGGAUGGCUUGAUUUCAGGCUAUUGUAAUUCGUUGGAGGAGGUAAAACAAAGCAUUUCUUCAAGCAAAUGCAGGAACAUGUCCCUAUCCCCUUUUUUGGUUGUGCAUUUGCAGUGGAGAGUGUGUGGUCAAGGCACUGUGUUUUGGGGCCGAAAUACUAUAAAAGUAAAGAGUCUAGUGUACCUGAGCACUUGGAAGACCAUGUGACUCCUCGUAAGAGAUUGAGGAUAAUGGAUACUGGAAAAUCCAACUGCCCAACAACUUUAAAUAUGAAGUGUAUAAGGGUGUAUCCUGAUUACAGUAUGCACUCAGCAACUGAACACAGGGAUACCAAGGCAAAAGUUCUUGCAAGUCUACAGAAAGAUUUGGCAUUGCCAUGCCCGCCGAAGGGCUACCUACGUUAUUAUUUGACUGCUUCUCCAGCAAGUGCGCACACACACAUGCUACUGAAAGUGUUGAAGCAAGUGGGUACAUACAUCCUUCACUUGUAAAGGAAAUCAAAAACUUAGUAACUCAGUGGAAUGACAUCUCUCAAAGUCAUUAAGUUGGCUCUAGAUAGAUUUGUUGAAAUCAAUUUCAUUGGGACACACAUACCAGGUCAAAUGAAUACUACCUUUUACCCCACAGAGAAAACUAUUUACAGUCACAUUUAUCGGACCCUUUAUAGUACGAAUAAAGUAUUGUUUGACGAGACUAGACUGCAGAAUCAGGUUGAUGAGUGGCACAAAGACUCGAGCAAUCACAUGAUUUAUUAUAGGCAUUGUAUGGAAGCCAAUGGAGAAGUGAAACCAU